UCGAGGAAACAGCAGGGAAGAUGGUGAAACAACAUUCAAACGGUUGUUUUAUUCGAUUAUGUUCAUUGCUGAGAAGAAAGAAACACUACAUAUUAAUUUCCCUGUUGAUUGUGUCAAUUGUUAUCACCAUUAAAGUACAGAUGUCAAUAACCAUGAUAAAACUAUCACCUGGCAGUCGGUUUGAACUGAGACAUUCCCAUGCCAUCAUAUCGAAUCACUUAACCACGCCUUUUCCAGCGAAUGAACUCCGCCAUAUUGCUUUUUUAAAGGUUCACAAAGCUUCUAGCUCAACGGUUUUAAAUAUAAUAUACAGGUUUGGAUUUCAGAGAGGCCUUACUUUUGUGUUGCCGAGGAAUGGCAACAACUAUCUUGGCGGUGAUUCAUCGAGUAUAGAGAAACGCCUUAUUCUGCCACCAUCUUUAAACAAAACAUACGACAUGUUGUGUAACCACGUGAUAUUCAACAAGACCAUAUUUGGUCAUUAUCUGCCUAGGGACACGGUAUAUAUUGCUAUAGUAAGAGAUCCUUACGAACGCUUUAGGUCUGCCUACCAUUACUAUCGAACAGUAUAUAAAAAACGAUAUCUCAUACAAGGCCCAAACGGCACUGAUAGUUUUGAACAAUUUAUAGCGAACCAAGAAAUCUACGAGACCAACAAUCCGUAUCAUUCUCACACAAACAACAGAAUGGCUGUGGAUUUUGGAUUUCCAACCAAAUACUUGAAAAAUUCUACUAAAAUGUUGAAAUACGUGCAGGACUUGAACUUAACAUUCGAUCUAGUUAUGAUAACUGAACGAUUUGAUGAAUCUAUGAUACUUUUACGAAGAAUGUUAAAUUGGUCAUUCAAGGAUAUAUUGUACAUAAAGCUGAAUGCUUUUAAAAAUAAAUCCAAGAAUAACAUCAAUUCUACCCUGAUGGACAAAGUUAAAAAAUUCUCAGAAUUGGAUUACAUUCUGUAUGACUAUUUUUAUGAAAAAUUUGAUAAGCUGGUUAAGCAUCAGUCUUUUAAUUUUAAUGAAGAAGUUUCGAUAUUUAUAUCAAUACGUGAGCGAAUGACCCAGUUUUGUUUAAAUGCGACUUCAAACGGAACGUAUCUGUGGGUAGCUGACACAAAAUGGAGUAGGGCUUUUACAAUUUCUUUUAACGAUUGUAAAAUGAUGAGAAUGCCCGAAUUAAAAUUUCUGGGUGUUUUAGUUAAAGAGCAGAAAUCGAGAAUAAGCAAUCAUGGCGCCAACAGUGAAUUCUACGAUCUGAUUCCUGGGAAUUCAAGAAAAAUGGAGUAGGGCUUUUACAAUUUUUUUCAACGAUUGUAAAAUGAUGAGAAUGCUCGAAUUAAAAUUUCUGAGUGUUUUAGUUAAAGAGCAGACAUCGAGAAUAAGCAAUCAUGGCGCCAACAGUGAAUUCUACGAUCUGAUUCCUGGGAAUUCAAGAAAACCAAUCCCUGGUAGCAUACAACCCCAAUCAGCAGUAGCCCAACAUCUAAGCAAUAAUAGACAACAUCGUGUAAAUGGGAAUCCAACACGGGCGCUAGCCGCGAACCAGCACCAGAAAAAAACCCAGAAAAUUUCUUGAGGCAAUUCAAAGUGUAAUUGUUUAGGAACUGACUUGGUAUUUGUUAUUAGUAUAAACUUAUUUUCUUUCAUUUAAGAAUGCCCUUAUUAAUUAAUGUUUUAAACCUAAUCUUUAUUAGUUCCGGUUAUAAUUUAUUAUUAAUUCCCCUUAAGUAAUGAAUAAUGGCCGAAGACUGUCCAUUAUGUAAAUAGAAAGAACAACUGAGGGGGGUUGUGCAUAGGAUAUUUACCUACUCGAGGUUGAUAUGAUAGAGAACGCGCGGGCGAAGCCCAAGAGUUCUCUAUCAUAUCAAUCUGAGGAAGAGAAGGCUUAUAUCCGACAUAUACAGUUUUAUUCACGCUUUAAUUAAAUGGGCUCUUCUAUUAAAAUUCAACAAUGAUUGGAUAAUUGCUCGAUAGUUUCCGCCAAAUAACGGAAAUUACCGAAUUAAUCACGUGAAUGCAGUGUUUAUACUGUCGCCAUUUUGAAGUAAACAUAGGUUCAAUGAAAUUGAACGCAUAAACAAAAUGGAUAGUAAUACGUUAUCAGAUGAAUAAUCAAUUCUUUUUAGCCAAUAGAUCGAUCGACUAGUCAGUUGAUAGUCAAAGGCUGAAGAAAAUUUGGAUCAAAAUGCAAUCUUUUCCGAUAAUUCUGACAUUGAACCGUGAAGGAUUUGGGUAUGUUCAAAGAAGAAUUGGACAAAAAUCUGAAAGAUAUCUUAGACACGGAUAACCGAUCUACAUAUGUCAGUAAGUCUCGGCAUCUCUAGCUCGAUUCCUUUACACGUCCAACAAAUUACGACAGAUUGACGUUUCACAGUUCAUGUACUGCACAUUAAGUUGAAAACAUGCUUUUAAAGGGCUCACACACAAUGCUGCACGUGAAUAUUGGGUUUUUCAUGUGCAUCCCGUGCAAUUUUUUUUUUGCACACGAGCCGAUAUUUUUUGCG